AUGAGGAUUACUGAAAUUGUCAUAGAUGGCUUCAAAUCGUAUGCUGUGCGUACGGUGAUCUCGGGAUGGGACGAAGCCUUUAACUCGAUCACCGGCCUGAACGGCAGUGGUAAAUCCAACAUCCUCGAUGCUAUUUGCUUCGUGCUUGGUAUCACCAACAUGACCACAGUCCGCGCGCAAAACCUCCAAGAUCUUAUCUACAAGCGUGGCCAAGCCGGUGUCACGAAAGCCAGCGUUACAAUCGUUUUCGACAACCGGGAUACCGCGAAGUCGCCGAUCGGAUUUGAGGAGUAUGCGAAUAUUUCCGUCACUCGACAGAUUGUGCUAGGUGGCACAAGCAAAUACUUGAUCAACGGCCACCGCGCGCAACAGCAGACUGUUCAGAACUUGUUCCAGAGUGUUCAGCUGAACAUCAACAACCCCAACUUCCUCAUUAUGCAAGGUCGCAUUACGAAAGUCCUGAACAUGAAAUCAGUCGAAAUACUGUCGAUGAUCGAGGAGGCAGCUGGUACACGAAUGUUUGAGGAUCGAAGAGAGAAAGCGAACAGGACAAUGGGAAAGAAAGAGCUGAAGCUGCGCGAGAUCGAAGAGCUGCUGAAGGAAGAGAUUGAACCUAAGCUUGAGAAGCUCCGGUCAGAGAAGCGAGCCUUCCUCGACUUUCAACAGACGCAGAAUGACCUCGAGCGCUUGACUCGACUUGUUGUAGCCCAUGACUAUGUUCGUGGCGGCGAGCGGCUGAGAGUUGCAGGCGAAGAGUGCGAAAACAAACGUAACAAAGCGCAGGCACUCGAAGAUAACGCGCACAAACUCAAAAGUGAGAUUGCCCAUUUAGAGGAGGACGUGAAACGGGUGCGCGCAGCUCGCGACAAGGAACUCCGAAAAGGCGGCAAAUUCCAGGGGCUUGAAGAUGAGGUCAAGAACUACUCGCACGAGUUGGUCCGACUGACUACAGUUUUUGAUCUGAAGAAUGCAAGCAUAGACGAAGAGAAAGAGAAACGACGGACCAUUCAAAAUACGGUCACUGAUCUUGAGAAAAUCUUGAAGGAGAAGCGCAAGAUCUAUGAGAAGCUACAGGCCCAGUACGAUACCGCCAAGGCCGAGUUGGACGCACAAAAUGUGGAAGUGGAGCAAAAGGAGGAACUGCUCCAGACAUUGCAGACUGGUGUCGCCUCGAAGGAGGGCCAGGAGAGUGGUUACCAAGGUCAAUUGCAAGAUGCCCGGAACCGUGCAAGCAAUGCCGCCACAGAACAAGAGCAAGGAAAGCUCAAAAUCAACCAUCUUGAAAAGCGCAUCAAAGAAGAGGAGCCUCGCGCAAAGAAGGCAAAGGAGCAAAACUUGGGGCUUCUGCGUGACCUCGAAGGAUUGAAGUCUCAAGCCAACAAGUUGGAGUCCGAGCUGACCCGGCUUGGGUUCGAGCCUGGGAAGGAGGAGCAGAUAUAUCAGGAGCAGACCGAGCUUCAACGCGAUAUUCGCGACCUCCGCCAGCGGGCUGAUGGGCUCAAGCGCCAGGCAGCGAACAUCGAUUUCAAUUACGCAGACCCUUAUCCCAAUUUUGACCGGUCCAAGGUCAAGGGUUUGGUUGCUCAACUUUUCACCCUCAACAAGGACCAGGUUCCAGCUGCAACUGCUCUGGAGAUCUGCGCCGGUGGUCGUCUUUACAAUGUGGUCGUGGACAGCGCAGAGACCGGCACCCAGCUGCUUCAGAAAGGCAAGCUGCGCAAGCGAGUGACUAUCAUUCCCCUUAAUAAGAUUUCCGCCUUUAAGGCCUCUGCGGAAAAGAUCGGAGCUGCACAGAACCUUGCCCCUGGCAAGGUCGACCUCGCUCUAUCCUUGGUUGGAUACGACGAGGAAGUUCUAGCGGCGAUGAACUAUGUAUUCGGCAACACCCUUAUCUGCGAUGAUGCCGACACAGCCAAGAAGGUAACAUUUAAUCCGUCAGUUCGGAUGAAGAGUGUCACGCUGGAGGGAGAUGUCGGUGUUCUUGUUACCUUGCAAAAGCUCAACGAUAUCACCAAGGAGCUGCGGAGCAAAGAACGACAGCUCGCGACUUUGGAGGAUCACAUGAAGAGGGAAAAGAAGAAGCUCGAUUCCGUUCGCUCCAUCAAACAAAAUCUGGAUCUGAAGAACCACGAGAUUAAACUUACCGAGGAGCAAAUUAACAGCAACUCUUCGUCUUCGAUCAUCCAAGCUGUUGAGGAGAUGAGAUCAAACAUCGAACAACUCAAGAAUGACAUCGCCGACGCAAAAUCUCGCCAGGCCGAAGCAUCCAAGGACAUCAAGCGAAUUGAGAAAGACAUGAGUGAAUUCAGCGACAACAAGGAUAGCAAGUUGGAGGAACUGCAGACAACGCUCGAUAAACUCAAGAAGAGCUACGCCAAAAAUUCUAGCUCGGUCAAAGAGCUGCAGAAGGAAUUGCAGACUUCCAGACUAGACUCUGAACAAGUUGGAAGCGACUUGUCCGCGGCUGAGGAGCAAUUGAUCGAGUCAGACAAUACCCUUAGCGCCCAAGUACAAGAGAUUGAAUCACAAAAACGGGAGCAAGCGCGGCUGAAGGAUGCCCAUGACAUCGCACAGGCUCAGCUCGAUGACGAGCGGGCCAAGUUGACCGGCUUUGACGAGGAGUUGCGAGAAUUAGAAGAAGCUAUGAAGAGCAAAUCCUCUCAGAUCACCGAGGAUGCACUAGAGGCGCAGAAGCUUGGCCAUCAGCUCGAAAAGCUCCAAAAGGACCAGUACACUGCUAGUCAGGCUGUGGCUCACAUGGAACAAGAACAUGAGUGGAUUGCAGAUGAGAAAGAAAACUUCGGACGCGCCAACACUCCCUACGAUUUCCAGAACCAGAACAUUGCCGAGUGCAAGUCUACCCUACGCAACUUGACUGAGCGAUCCCAAGGCAUGAAAAAGAAAAUCAACCCGAAGGUCAUGAACAUGAUUGACAGCGUCGAGAAGAAGGAGGCUGCUCUUAAGAACAUGAUGAAGACCGUCAUUCGUGACAAGCGAAAGAUCGAGGAGACCAUCAUGAACCUGAACGAAUACAAAAAGGAAGCUCUCCAUAAGACGUGGGUCAAGGUGAAUGGCGACUUCGGACAGAUCUUCAACGAGCUCCUACCGGGAAGUUUUGCCAAGCUCGACCCUCCCGAGGGCAAAGAUAUCACGGAUGGUCUCGAGGUGAAGGUGUCCCUGGGCAAGGUCUGGAAGCAGAGUUUGACAGAACUGAGCGGUGGCCAACGUUCGCUCAUUGCUCUCUCAUUGAUCAUGGCGCUCUUGCAAUUCAAGCCCGCUCCAAUGUACAUUCUGGACGAGGUCGACGCCGCGCUCGAUCUGUCACACACGCAAAACAUUGGUCGACUGAUCAAGACCCGUUUCAAGGGAUCUCAGUUCAUCGUCGUCUCGUUGAAGGAUGGCAUGUUCCAAAACGCCAACCGCAUUUUCCGCACGCGGUUCAGCGAGGGUACCAGUAUUGUUCAGGCGUUGACUCCAGCGGAUUUGAAAUAA